AUGGACGAGCAACAGUUUGUCCAGCUGCUCGAGGGCCUCAUGGAGCCCGACACCGAGCGUGUCAAAUCCGCUACCUCUACCCUCAACAAGAACUACUACAACUCCCCCGCCUCUCUCAAUGCCCUCCUUCAGAUCCUCUGCGGCCACCCCAAGCCUCAACUCCGCCAACUGGCGGCCGUCGAGGCUAGGAAGCUGGUGACGAAGCACUGGGCCAACCUGCCUGCGGACCAGAAGAACUCUCUUCGCAACCAGCUGUUCCAGUUCACACUAAACGAGGACGUGACUCUCACACGGCACUCUGCUGCCCGCGUCAUCUCGGCUAUCGCGUCGCAAGACUUCGAAGAUGGCGAGUGGGCUGACCUACCCGGCUACCUCCAGCAGGCUGCCACCAGCAACGAGGCGCGCCACCGUGAAGUCGGUACCUACAUCAUCUUCACCACACUUGAGUCAGCGGGCGACUCGUUCCCCGGCAAGCAAGCCGAUCUGUACAAGCUGUUCAGCUCCACCAUCCAAGACCCCCAGAGCGUUGAAGUCAGGAUCAACACCAUGCUUGGUCUCAGCCGCUUAGCUAUGUUGCUUGAGCCUGACGAGAGCCCCAAGGAGCUUGCUCUGUUCCAGGAGUCUAUCCCUGGCAUGGUCAACGUUCUGAAGACUACUGUCGAUGAGGGUGACGAGGACCGCGCCAUGCAAGCUUUCGAGGUCUUCCAGACUCUUCUUGGCUGCGAGUCCGCGCUUCUCGCAAAGCACUUUGGCGAUCUCGUCCGCUUCAUGCUCGAGCUUGCGUCAAGCACCAACGUCGAAGACGACUACCGUUCCCAGGCGCUCGCAUUCCUCAUGCAAUGCGUUCGCUACAGGAAGCUCAAGGUGCAGGGUCUGAGGAUUGGUGAGGAGAUGACCUUGAAGGCUCUCCACAUCGUCACCGAGCUCGGUGACCUCUCCAGCGAGGAGGAGGAUGUCACUCCUGCCCGUUCCGCUCUUGGACUUCUCGACAUCCUUGCCUCAAGCCUACCUCCCAGCCAAGUUGUCAUUCCUCUUCUCAAGAACCUUGGCAACUACUUCCAGUCCCAGAACCCCGACUACCGUCAAGCCGGUAUUCUGGCUCUUGGCAUGUGUGUCGAGGGCGCGCCUGACUUCAUUGCUACCCAGCUCAACGAGAUCAUGCCCAUGGUCCUGCACUUGUUGGAGGACCCUGAGCUCAAGGUCCGAGCUGCCGCUCUCAACGGUGUCGCUCGCUUGGCUGAUGACCUGGCCGAGGACGUUGGCAAGGAGCACGCUCGCCUGAUCCCCGCCAUGAUCAAGAACUUCGACCUCGCCGCCAACAACAUGCAGGGUUCGGAUGACGAGCGCAACCUUUCUAUUGUCCGUGGUAGCUGCCAUGCCAUCGAUUCUCUCAUCGAGGGUCUCGAGCCAGAGGACGCUGGCAAGUACGUGCCUGAACUCAUCCCACGCUUCAGCAAGCUCUUCCACCACGAAGACCUCAAGGUGAAGAGCGCAGCUAUCGGUGCCGUUGGCUCCAUCGCCUCUGCCGCUGAGACGGCCUUCAUCCCCUUCUUCGCCCAGACCAUGCAAGAGCUUUCGCCAUACGUAAGGAUCAAGGACAGCCAAGACGAGCUCGAUCUCCGCGGUGUCACUUGCGAUUCCAUGGCCAAGAUCGCGUCCGCUGUCGGCCCUGAGCCUUUCGAGCCAUACGUUAUGCCGCUAAUGGAGGCUUCCGAGGAAGCUCUGCACUUGGACCACCCCCGUCUCAGGGAGACCAGCUACAUCCUCUGGAGUGUCCUGGCCAAGGUCUACGAGGAGGGUUUCGCUAAGUACCUUGCCGGCAUCGUCAAGGGACUCAACGACUGCCUUGAGCAGGAGGAGACCAACCUUGAUCUCGAGUUCGGUGAGGAGGCAGCAGACCUGGCCGGCCAAGAAGUUACCAUCCAGGGCCAAAAGAUCAAGGUUGCAGCUGCUAGCGAUGACGACGACGAUGACAGCGAUCUGAACGAAGCUCUCAUGGCCGGCGAUGACGACGAUGAUUGGGAUGACCUCGAGGGCGUCAGCGCUGUUGCCAUGGAGAAGGAGAUCGCGGCUGAAGUCUUCGGAGACAUCAUCACGCACACCCGCCGUGAAUUCAUCCCUUACAUGGAGUCGACUGUCACCAAGCUGCUCGAACUUGUCGACCACUCCUACGAGGGUAUCCGCAAGGCUGCUAUCAGUACGCUCUGGCGCACCUUUGCCUGCCUCUUCGGCAUGGCCGAGGGCGAUGGUAUGGGCAAGUGGCAGCCUGGUCUUCCUCUGAAGGUAGACAUUCCCGAUGAGCUGAAGAAGCUGGGCAACCUCGUCAUGACUGCCACCAUGACAAUCUGGCAAGACGAGAUGGACCGUGGCACUGUCACUGACAUCAACCGUGAUGUCGCGGCUACCCUCAAGGUCUGCGGACCGGCUAUCUUGUUGACCGACAACGGCACCGUUGUACCUGAUCUUUGCCAGCACCUGCUUGCCGUUAUCACGAAGCGUCACCCUUGCCAGCAGGAUCUCGGGGACGAGGCUGAGGAGGAGAUCAUGGAUGAAUCCUCUGAGUACGACUGGCUCGUGAUUGAGACAGCCCUUGAGGCCGUCACCUGCCUCUCUGUCGCACUUGGCGAGCAGUUCGCUGAACUGUGGAAGAUGUUUGAAAAGCCAAUCGUCAAGUACGCCAGCAGCCAGGAAUCUACUGAGCGCAGCGCUGCCGUUGGCGCCAUUGCUGAGUGUGUCGGCAACAUGGGUGCCGCCUGCACUCCCUACACCACUAGCAUGUUGAAGCUCUUCCUCCACCGCCUCUCAGAUGAGGACCCAGAGACCAAGUCCAACGCUGUCUACGGUAUUGGCCUCCUGUGCGAGAAGACGACGAAUGACGACGAGAUCCUCAAGUCAUUGCCUACCAUCUUCUCCAAGCUCGAGCCUCUGCUCGAUGCUCAGGACCAAGCACGUCUUCUUGACAACACGGCUGGAUGCGUCAGCCGGUUCAUCGCGAAACACCCCAGCAAGCUUCCCAUUGCCGAGGUACUGCCCCGCUUGGUGCAGCUCCUGCCUCUGCGCGAGGACUACGAGGAGAACAAGCCUGUGUUCGGCAUGAUUGUCAAGCUCUACCAACUCAACGAGCCCACGGUGCAGCAGCUCACGUCUACGCUGAUGCCCGUGUUCGAGAAGGUUCUCGGCCCGCCUGAGGACCAGCUCGAGGACGAGACGCGCUCGCAGCUUGUUGAGCUGGUGCAGCAUCUGCGCAAGUAG